UGUUGUGACGUCAUUUUCCAAGAUGUCUGCGUCCACGGAAAACGUGGACGAGAAGAAAAUUGUUGCUUCAGUGCGUGCCGGAGCUAAUCUGGUCCAUUCAAAGCCUUUGUUUUCACACGAUUCAAAGUUCCUGUUCUGUUGCGCUGAGACGUUAGUGAAAGUUUACAGUACCGUUAGUGGGGAAUGUGUACAUGAUCUAAAAGGACAUACACAUUUAACUACAGGACUCGUCAUCAACUCUCUCAACAAACUUCAGUUAUUGUCCAGCUCACUGGAUCAGACGGUGAUUUUUUGGGACUAUGCUGAUUGUGUGCUACUGAAGAAGAUAAGAUUGCAGGGUCCGCUUCAUGGAAUCUGGAUACGACCCGGUGACCAGGACCAAGUACAAGUCCUGCUGCAAUGUGGAAAAUCAUAUGACUUGGUCCACUGUGAUUUGUUGACUGCUAGUAAGGGGGAAUCCGUCACAACUGUCACAGACAUUCCUCGGAUAUCCAGUGAUCCACGGUGCUCAGCCAUUGGCUGUAAGGGAAAAUUCACCGCUGCAGUUAAGGGAUGUAUGUUAUAUAUCAAAUCGACGUCAAAGUCGUCGAAGAUAAAAAAGUUUUCCUUCCCCGACCUCACUUGUGUCGCCUGUCACCCCGUCGAUUUCUGUAUCGCCACAGGGACCAGCACUGGCAAGAUACUACUAUGGUGGAGUUUCCUUGGUGACCAGAGCCAUGUUGUGAAGACAACACUUCACUGGCACGCCCUUCCUGUACUAGACUUGACCUUCACAACAGAAGGUUCGUACCUCCUCAGUGGUGGACACGAGUGUGUGUUGGUCAAAUGGCAGUACAACUCAGAAUACCGGGAUUUCCGACCGCGUCUCGGGGCACCGCUGUGCCAUGUGGCCAUCUCCCCAGACAACCUUUUAUAUGCCACCAGUCACCGUGACAACGUGAUACACCUGCUGACGAGUAACCUCUCUGUGGCCCAGGUGUUUCAGGGACUCACCAAAACUAUGUCGCACAAAAAGAAACACUGUUGUCCAGCUGGACUGAACUUUGACCCCAGGUCCAAGGCUCUAGUACUCAAUGGCAAACCAGGUCAUCUGCAGUUCUACUCUGUCCAUAGUGACAAACAGUUAUACAAUUUGGAUAUUGUUUGUCAGAAUUAUAUCUCCCCGGAGAACAUGAAAUGUCCUUUAGAUGUGACAGAAGUUGUUCAGGCAGAAUUCAACAGUACUGGCAGCUGGCUUGCUACUGUUGAGUACUGGAACAAUAGGGUUAUGACACCAGAGAUGCGACUAAAAUUUUGGCAGUACAACACCGAAACACAAAGGUAUACUUUAAACACAACAGUUGAAGUUCCACACGAUAAAAUUAUCACCUGUUUACGAUUUCGCCCUGACGACUUCAGUAGCAACAAUGAAGAUCCAAUGGUGGUCACAACUAGUUUGGACGGCAAGUUCAAAAUCUGGUCCAACAUGGACGAUACAAAUAUUUAUAGGGCCAACACUAAAUGGAGCUGUGAGUCCGUAGGAUUUUACCACGACAAACCUGCUGGUGUUUGUUCUUUCACUGCUGACGGAUCUCUGCUGGGGGUUGCAUUCGGCACCAGCGUCACCCUGUGGGACCCAGACAACAACGUACUGAGAGAAACAUUGAGCAGUCAACAGGGAAAAAUAGAGUUUAUGGAGUUUGGGAAGAAGUCCUGCAGUCACUAUCUGGUCACGACUACAAGGUUUAACAUUACAGUGUGGGACCUCAUCACAUGUGCAGUUGUAUGGACUGCCAGGAUUAAGGCCACACACUUAAUAUCUGAUCCCCUGAGUGAUGUUAUGGCUGUGUUUGGAGAAAAUGAGAGUCUGUAUGUGUUCAAACCAUGUGAUCCUGCCUACCUUUAUUCCCGCAAAAAUCUUGGCAAAGGUGUAGAAGGGGGAGUUUUCAUUCCUCAGCAAAAGAAAAGUUCUGUUGACAAGGGGGGACAACUCUCUUGGCAGUCUGAAUCCCAGUUGUACUGGAUAACCAGCAAACAGGACCUGAUGACUCUGACGCCAAAGGCAGAUGAAGAAACACCGACAAAACCAAUACCUUUGAAAACCAAACUUCCACAAACCCCGUUCAGUGUCCUGCUGACCACCGAACGAAAGAGAGGAUUUGAACUGUCGGAGUACAAAGACUUGGACAGCAAAGUAUACACAACAGCCGCACAAUUCACAGCACAGUUGCUGGAGACUGCAUCCCAUGUACAGGCACCUGUAACAAGUCUGUGUAACACAUUUAUAAACUCCCUACUCAUCCAAGACAAAUCACACAGCACUCUUCAAGAUGGAAAAGAUGAUGACGACGACAAUACUGCAGAUGUGGAAGAAAAACCAACAAAUUCAGAUUCCGACUCGGACAUGGAUGUAGACCAGAAAGAGGAAUCUGUGUCUAAAAACAUUCAAACGCCAAAACAGAAAGUAGUCAGACGGAAAACAGACAUUGUGAACAAAGAGAAAUUAUGUGAAAUACCAAACUUAGACUGGUAUUCAGCUAGUCUUAAAACCUGAUUUAUAUAAUAAACUUUAUAUGUCUACGUGUGUAUUAGUUUUAGUUAUUGUUAAUAAUGAAGUUUGCUAAAGAGGAAGAUUAUUUUGAUCAUAAGAAACACGAGUGUGGAUGAGAAGAGUCGUCUUUUGAUAACCUCAGCUCUGUCAGAUCAAACUUAUCUGUUCCACUGCUUUCUCCUGAGCUAUCCAAUAUACAUGAUUUUUAAGAUAAAGACAACAGCUGACAAAAAUAAAUUAAAUAAAGUUCAAAUUUAUAUUACCGUAUUUAUCCUCAAACAACCCCCUCCCCUAGUGUAAAAGAUAAAUACCGUAUUUAUCCUGAAAAAAUAUCCCCUUCCCUAGUAUAAAAUUUAAUACCAUAUUUAUCCUCAAAUAAGUAUCCUUCUCAAGUAUAAAAUUUAUUACCAUAUUCUCAUAUUCAUAUAUCUUCAAAUAAGCCCCAUCCCCUGGUUUAAAAGUUUUGUACAGUAUUUAUCAACAAAUAAGUCAAUAGGGUAGAAAUCAGUUUUUGGAGAACUUAUUUGUGACCCACUUUUAGAUUACUAUUUUAAAAUUGAUGAUUCUGAAAAAAAUGAAAAUGGGGUGCUAGAUAAAUCUGGGUGAUUUUUGUGUGCAGUGGCUUAUUUUGUUGAUAAAUCUGAUGUAACUAAUAGAAAACAUAUUACAAUGUCCCAUUUGUACCCAAUUUCCAUAUUCAUCUUAUUCACAUUAAAGCUUGUGUAAUUUUUGGGUCAUUCAAUGUAAAGCGAGAAUGUAAGAAUGUUUAGAAGUGUUUGCCCACUGACUACUACAUGUUUACACGGUUGUGUCGUGUGAAAGUUAAUACCUGCCAACUAGUUCUUACUGGGGCAACCUGCAAAAAAAAAAAAAAAAGAAAAAA